UGGAGUGUUUUGGUGUGUUUCCCUCUGUGUUUUGGCUGCUCGCCUCCCUUGGAGGAGGGAGGGAGGAGGUAGGUGGGAGGCAGGCAGGCAAGCAAGCAAGCAAGCAGGAGGAGGAGGAGGCGGUUCUGGCUGCAGCUCUUGCUGGCUUUGUCACAUCGCUGCUGCCUGCGGGAGCUUCCACCAUGCAUACCUCGCCCUGCGCCGAGGCAAUGGGAGAUGCCCCCGCGGUUGACAUUGUGGACAUCUAUGAAUCUAUACGUGAACGGCAGCGUCACGACAGUGAAAGGUCUACUUGUAGCACCUUGGAACAGAACGACAUAGAAGCAGUAGAGGCACUUGUUUGUAUGAGCUCCUGGGGUCAAAGAUCACAGAAAGGCGACCUGUUGAAGAUAAGGCCUCUUACACCUGUCUCAGAUUCAGGCGAUUUCUCAAUGCACACUGAACCCACGUCUGAGUUGCCUAAGGAUUACAACUUUUUAUCCACACUGUGUAUGACACCACCCUACAGUCCAGAUUUUGUUGAGCCUUCCACAACAGCACCGCUUUCGUCCCAAGCCACUUACUCAAAACCGAGGACAAUCAAGACAAACAUGUCUGCCUGCCUGAUCACUCCUCCAGGUUGUGCUCUUCCUGCAUCCAAGCCAGCUGUCCUGAAUUUGGGGAGGGAGUCCAGCCAGAAGCCAGCGGGAGGAGAGCAAGUUGCUCCUCAGUGUUGCAGAGCAAGGGCAACCAGCGUGAUCCGUCACACCGGAGACAGUCCCGGUUACUCCCACCUCCCUCCUGUGCAAACAAAAGCGGAAGCUGCGUUGGGCGCCAGUGCUUCUGCAGACGGGCACGAGGCGCAAGAGGAGAGACACCCCGCAGCCUUGCAGGACUGCGACAUUGCGGACAGCAUAGCUUGUGACACUUCGCAAGGACGUGAACCGCAUUUUCACGGCUCAGGUUGUUCCAGAGGCACCAGCAAAGGACGUGAACCUGUGAGGCUUGCUUCGCAGCAGAGCCCUUUCCCGAACGCUUGCGAAAGUGACCCGCAGCAGAAGUCCCCCUCGCUGCUAACCUCCCCACUAUCCAACCCCCAGGUGAUCUGCCAAAUGAUCCCGUUGGACGGACAAAGAGGUAUGGUCCCAGGCUUCCUAAAGCCCACUGCUCAGAUGGCAGCGACGGUCAAACCCAUCCUACCCCACACAGCCCCCGUUUCUCAGCCUGUGCUGAUGGGGCCUUCCAUGCCUCAGGGGACUGUUAUGUUGGUUCUUCCGCAGGCUGCUGUUGCCCAGGCGCCUCCUUGCCAACAAACUGUGAUGUCUGUUGGGAAUACCAAGUUGUUGCCCCUGGCCCCUGCUCCGGUUUUCAUUGCCUCCGGCCAAAGCAGCGCACCUCUAAUUGACUUUUCCCGGAGGAGAAAUUACGUUUGCAACUUCCCGGGCUGCAGGAAGACGUACUUCAAAAGCUCUCACCUCAAAGCCCACCUGCGUACUCAUACCGGAGAGAAACCUUUCACCUGUAGCUGGGAAGGUUGUGACAAGAAGUUCGCCCGCUCCGAUGAACUCUCUCGCCACCGCAGAACUCACACAGGGGAGAAGAAGUUUGCCUGUCCGGUCUGUGACCGCCGAUUCAUGCGCAGCGAUCACCUGACAAAACACGCUCGCCGCCACAUGACGACAAAGAAAGUUCCCAGCUGGCAGACAGAAGUUGGCAAACUGAACAGAAUUGCAACCAUGGAGAAGCCUAAGAGUGAUACUUCUUUGAGCAUGCUUCUGCCUAUGCUGUCUUCUGGCUAGCAGGCCUGCUUUGGAAGAUGAACAUUUCAAGAGGAACUUGGGUGGUUUUCAGAAAACCAGCUUUGACUGUUUUUUUUAAGUAUCCAAGAGUGGUUGCAUUUAUAUUGUGGAGGAGGAGGAAAAUCCUGUAGUCUACUGCCCUCUCUUCUUCCUCCCCACCCCUUUGUAUUAAGCCCUAUUUAAAUGUUAAUGUUUUAUUUCUGUCAUCCUUUUGUUUUCUCCAAUGCUUUUAGGGCAUUCACCAGCACCUGGGGGGGGGCAUUUUUGGUGAAAAUGUUGGCAAUGGGCUUUUCAAACCUUUUUUCUCUCUAUCUUACGGGUUCAGCUUUAGUCUGAUCUUGCAAAAUCACCCUGUGAGGAGAGUGAUAAGCAACAUCGGAGGUACCAUUUGGAGAUUUUAUUUUUUCCCCUGAACGGAAUCCAAACUAAUUUGUAAUUUCAGAGUGUCUGAACUCCAGUCUAGCAACUGAAUCCACUUUAGGAUAACCUGCUGUGCCACGUUUUAAAGCAGUGUCGUUCUUUCCCAAAUGUCUGAAUAUUGAGGCCUAGGUGUUGAUGGCUAUAACUAGCUCAGGACAAAUUUAGGUGCAGCACUGACCAUGUGCGCCCCUACUGGGAAGUCCUAACCUGUGCAGUAACUCCACAUGGUCAACUGCACGCACAAAAGGUUUUAGCCCUAGACACCAUUCCAUAAUGCACACCCUCUGUUAGUCAGUUGUUGGUGUGUAAACACAUAUGGAUUAGUGGAUGUGGUACAUCGGCUAUCUGAAGCUCCUGUAUGUUUAUGAUUGUGCAGUGGCAGGGCUUCAUAUAUUCACUGCUGCGUUCAAAUUUGCUUGUGUGAACAAAAUCCCACUUGUUGCUUCCCUGCUUGCAGUCUCCUGGUCUGACUUGAGUUGGGUAAGUGCGGUGGACCUCCUUCAUGUGUAUUUUGUGGCAAAAGAGUGACCCCUACAUUUAUUAAUUGCAACGUGAGAAGUGCCCUUUUAAUUUGAGUGCUGGUAACUUUAGGAAGGCUUGGGGGCAGCUUGUCUGUCCGUUGGGACGGUCCUGCCAAAAUGCAAGGACUUCUGUAUAUCCCAUCUUCAGAAUGGAAGAACUUUCGGAUCCCAUUCCCUUCAAAGUGAAAGUUAAGCAUGUCCAUCAAUAUAUCCCUUAUGACUUCGGUGGGAAAAAUAAGUGCCUAGCUUUGGAUUAUGCCCUUGAUCUCUUAAUAGUAAUGAGUAUAAGGACCCCUUAAGGGAAAUGCCCAAACCACAUUGAGCUAUUGUUUGAUCUAAAUAAAGUCGGGGGAGGAUUUAUGAUUUGAAGUAAUGGCUGAAAAUGCAGCGCCUGCAUAACCAUUUUUAUAAUCAUCCAAGCAGACAUUUGAAAAUCUGCUCAAUGACACAACCACAACAGACAGCACCUUAAAUAAUUCUCACUUGAGUAGUUCUUGGUAAAGAGGAUAAACAAGGCAACAGAAGCAAUUGGACAUUCAGGGUUCAGCACUCAAAUCAGCUCCUGCCUUGCCAUUUUCAAAAUGAGCUGGAUUUAUAAUGGGAAAUUGCUGACUGGCAACGGAUUGUUCCAGAUCAACAAUUUGUUUCUCACAAAAGUGACCCAAAUAUUCUUAGCUUUGGAGCAAAAGUGCUUUGUGGAUAUGGUAACUGCUGUUGUGGUGGUCUCCUUUUCCACAGCACAUUGGAUGAAUGAGUGAAAUGAAAGGACGGCUGAUGGAAGAGAACUAAAAUUAAGAGUGGAUCAUUCAGCUGCCAUUUCACAUGAUUUGCUCGAUUCUGUAUACAUAAUAUUUAAUCAAGCUGAGAUAAUUGUUCUAAUGAUGAUGAGAAAGCAUGAACAGAUGUGUAUGUAUAUAUAUGUGUGCGUGUGGAAUAAGUAAUAUCUGACACUUAAUUGGUAUCUGAAACUAGGUAGACCUCUCACAGUUGGAAUCUCAACCUGAUUUCUUUAUUAUUCAACCAAGAUUGCAGUGCAUUUGCCAAUUUACGUUGGAGCCAUUGGAGAAUAUUUCCACAAAUGGUGGGAGUUUACUUGGCAACACAUCUGGAGUAAGUGGCUUGAGAAAUGCAGUUCUAAAACACCUGCGCCAAUGUACCCUCAGUUUCAGCACAAUGCCUAGGGCAGGGAUAUGGUAUAUGCGGCCCUCAUGAUGUUGUUGGACUCUAGCUCCCAUCAUCCCCAAACAGCAUGCCCAAUGGCCAGAGAUUAUAGGAGUUGCAGUCCAACAACAUCUGCAUGGCUGGCUUGGGCAGUACUGUUGUAUAGGGUUGCCAGUAUCUGCUUUUGUACCUCAGGCAGCAGCCUGAUCUGCAGAAAUCGAGAAAGUGACACUCACCCUAGCACUUUGCAUGCUACGAAGAGCUUCAGCUGCUAAAUUUCUGCAAGUCAGGGGCAGGAUCUCUGCCAGGAAAAAAAGAGACUGGCUGGCAGCUCUAUCAGCAUCACAUCAUAUGUUGGGAGCCUGCAGAGCCACUGCAAUCAGUUUGCCCAUUUUAACCAUUUAUCUACCUCCCUGUCCAUUAUUGUCAACUAACGUUCAUGAAGUUGACCAUAACAGAAGCAUCCCAAUUCUUUCUCUUUUUUUAAAAAAAUUGUCAUGGUCAUGAAUAUGGGAAUAAAGCAUUGAAAGAUUCUCAUCUGUUUAAACCAAUCUGGCCUAUAUUCCCAAUUCAAGUAUAUUGGAAGCAGACUUCUUUUGAAAUUGAUGUUGAACCAAUGCUGUCGCAUGGUGUGAGCUACCAAGCCUAUUGCAGGUUCCAACAGUAUAUUAGGGCUGGGCAGGUGAUUAAGCAGAUGGCAAGAAUAGGAAGUUUCCUGAAAGUUGUCCUAGGUGAGUAGACUGCAUUUUAUGGGUCACUAGCUCCGCACGCAUGGAAUGUUACCCAUACUGCACCUUACUGUAUUUGUGUGUUUGAUUUACUAUAAAUAAACUUUAUUUCAUGAGCCAGCAAAUCUGUGGCUCCUCUGAAACAUGUUAGAAGGUGCAAGAUGAGUAUAAGUUUCCCCCCCUUCACUUUACGGUCACCCAAUUGAACAAAAAUGAAUACUAUGCACGUUCAAUGUUAAAAAAGGAGCUGGUGAGAAGGCAAGCUACAUGGCAGAAAUGCAGUGUAUAUAAAGCCAAAUUGCAACAACUUGAUUAGUCUGGAACCACUGUCUCUGCCCCUUUCUGUACAAUAUGCAGACACAAUAGUCCACUUUUCUCUGGUAUAAUUCCAUUGAAGUUCAUCAAAAGUUGCCUGAAGUCAAAAGAUUUCCCUUGUGCAAUUGAGAGGCUUUUCAAAAAGUUUCCUAAUCCCCCCCCCAAAAAUGCUGAUUAUUACCUGACAAGAUUAUGGGGAUUUAUGUUUGGUGUAGUAAAAUAUUGUGCCUAAUAUUUUAUAAACCUUGUUUUGUCUUUCUGUUCAUUUUAUUGUGGGAUUCCUGUAUUUGUGUGUAUAUGCAAAUAUUGUUUGUAUUCCUUCAAGGGCUGCAUUGUAAUCCCUCUUCUAGUAAAGUGAAUAUUUGCAUAGA